AUGUUCGAUUCUUCUGUGCAUAAUAAGCAAGUGUGCACUUUCUUCCAAAAAGUGGGCGCCUGUCGUCAUGGCGAUAAGUGUGUGCGCACGCACGUUUAUCCGAAACACUCGCGAACCAUUUUAUUCCCAAAGCUUUACGACAAUCCGAAACAUGUGGAGGAGUCCAAAAGAGACGAUUCUGGUCCUUCGAACCCCAACCCGGUGAUAGAGUCCAGUCUGGAUGAAACUCAAACACAGCAACGCAUCGAUUCCUUGUACAAAGAUAUAUUCAUCGAACUGGCUCUCAAAUACGGGCCAAUUGAAAAAAUGGUGAUAUGCGAAAACGUCAACCCGCACUUGAGUGGCAAUGUUUAUGUUCGGUUCAGAGACGAGACCGAUGCUAUGAAGUGCUACAAAGAGUGUAAUGACCGGUGGUACAACGGGAAACCGAUUUUCGCAGAGCUUUCGCCCGUCACCAACCUCGACGACGCAACCUGCCGACUGUACGAUACAAACGAGUGCGAUCGAGGAGGCAUGUGCAACUUUAUCCACGAACGGCGUGCGGACUCGCGUCUCGAACGCGACCUAUUUGCCUCCCAACGACGGCUCGCCUCUGAAAGACGCUACUGA